AUGAGGACGGGGACUUGGUUGCCUUUUCCAGUGAUGAGGAACUGACAAUGGCCUUGUCCUAUGUGAAGGAUGACAUCUUCCGCAUCUACAUUAAAGAGAAAAAGGAGUGCCGACGGGACCACCGCCCCCCCUGUGUUCAGGAGGCUCCCCGAAGCUCAGUGCACCCUAACGUGAUCUGUGAUGGUUGCAAUGGGCCUGUGUUGGGAACUCGCUACAAGUGUACUGUAUGCCCAGACUAUGACCUGUGUAGUGUCUGUGAGGGGAAGGGCUUGCACAGGGAGCACAGCAAGCUCGUGUUCCCCAGCCCCUUUGGGCACCACUCUGAGGGAUUCUCCCACAGUCGCUGGCUCCGGAAGCUGAAGCAUGGGCAUUUUGGGUGGCCAGGCUGGGAGAUGGGCCCACCAGGGAACUGGAGCCCACGUCCUCCUCGAGCUGGAGAUGCCCGCCCCAACCCCACGGUGGAAUCAGCUUCUGGUCCAUCAGAGGAUCCCAGUGUGGAUUUCCUGAAGAACAUAGGGGAGAGUGUGGCAGCUGCCCUCAGCCCUCUGGGCAUCGAAGUUGAUAUUGAUGUGGAGCAUGGUGGGAAGAGAAGCCGCCUGACUCCUGUCUCCCCAGAAAGUUCCAGCACAGAAGACAAAUGUAGUUCUCAGCCAAGCAGCUGCUCUUCUGAAGUCGGAAAACAGGCUGGAAAUGGUGAAGGCACUGCCCAGUCUCUGACAGAACAAAUGAACAAGAUUGCCCUGGAGUCUGUGGGGCAGCCCGAGGAACAGAUGGAGUCUGAUAACUGCUCAGGAGGAGAUGAUGACUGGACUCAUUUGUCUUCUAAAGAAGUGGAUCCAUCUACAGGAGAACUCCAGUCUCUACAGAUGCCAGAAUCAGAAGGGCCCAGCUCUCUUGAUCCUUCCCAGGAGGGACCUACAGGACUGAAGGAGGCCGCUUUAUACCCACACCUUCCACCAGAGGCUGACCCCCGGCUGAUUGAGUCACUUUCUCAGAUGCUGUCCAUGGGGUUCUCAGAUGAAGGUGGCUGGCUCACCAGGCUUCUACAGACCAAGAAUUUUGAUAUUGGAGCUGCUCUGGACACCAUCCAAUAUUCGAAGCACCCACCGCCAUUGUGACAGUUUGUGUCAAGACCCUACCAUCCUGUGUACCUCUUUCUCUGUCUUAUAGUUGUCUUGAGUUAGCAUUGAGCAGCAGGGCCUUACCGAUAAUGGCUAGUUUCUCAGCAUUCUUCCAGAAUCUGUGGGGUGGGGAUGCAUGAAGCCAUUUAGAGCAGUAGGAGGGGGCAGGAGGGGCAAGUUGCACAUAAUGCAUGUGUACAAGGCAUGCCGAUGUCUGAGAAUAGAACUAGCUCCAGAGCUUCCCUUCUGAGGCCUGGCUACAUCCUCCCCGCUAGCAUCACACCAGCAGUACCCAGUGUCCUGCCUAAUGGCCACCUUUUCUGUUUUUAAAAGUAACAGUUGAUUUUUCACAAAUGAUAAUGCUCUAGAGAGCAAGCCCUGUGGUCAUUGGGUUUCUCCUGAGGCUAGGCUCACAGUUGAGCCUUAACAGUGGUGUUUUGUGUGUGUGUGUGAGCGCGCGUGCCGCGCAUCAUGAGGCUUAAACUUGGCCUGAGCACUGUCCCUAGCUCUGUCA